AUGACAAUUGACAAAAGUUGGAUGACUGUGAGGAAUCGACUCUCUCAUGAAUAUAGAGUUGGUGUCUGCUUGUUUCUCCAACGAGCUGCUCAAUAUGUUAAUGAAAAUAGGGAGAUUAUAUGUCCGUGUAACAAUUGUUUGAAUCAUCUUCUCCAACCACUACCUUUAGUGGAGCUACACUUGGUACAACAUGGAAUUCAAUUAUCAUACAAAGUAUGGGAUUACCAUGGCGAAAAACAUGACCAUCCAUCUGCGGAGAAAGAAGUUAUAUUAGAUGGUGGUGUGCAUGAUGAAAUGGUAGAUAUUUUGGCUGAUAUAAGUGGGCAUGUAGAAAUUGGAGAAUCCAGUGAGCCUAUUCAAGAAGGAAAUGAUCAAAAUAAGAACCUCGAUGAAAUAUUCAAGCAAAUGGAGAAAGAAUUGUAUCCAGGGUGUAAAAGUUUCUCGGCGCUUAAUUUUUUAGUGAAAUUAAUGCAUGUGAAGUUGUUGAACAAGUGGAGUGAAAAAUAUUUUGAUAUGUUACUUGGCUUAAUGAAGAAAGCAUUUCCCUUCGCAAUAUUGCCCAACUCUCACUAUGAGGCAAAAAGUAAGGUGAGUGAUAUUGGACUCGGGUACGAGAUAAUACAUGUCUGCCAACAUGAUUGUGCUUUGUUUUGGAAGGAGAAUGCUGAUCUAAACAACUGUCCAAUAUGUGGCGAAAGUCUAUGGGUAAACAAAAGAACAAAAGGAAAAAAGGUUCCAAAAAAGGUGGUGCGCUACUUUCCUUUAACUCCUAGGUUGAAACGUUUAUUUAGUUCAAGACACACUGCACUUGAUAUGAGAUGGCAUGAUUUCGAGCGACCAAAAGAGAAUGGUGUUUUGAGGCAUCCAGCUGAUGGUCAAGCUUGGAAAACAUUUGAUAAGAAUUAUCCAGCAUUUGCAAUGGAUCCUAGAAAUGUGCAAUUGGGAUUGGCAACUGAUGAUUUUAAUCCAUUUGGAAACAUGAGCACGACAUACAGCAUGUGGCCUGUAAUGUUGGUAAUAUACAAUAUGCCCCCUUGGAAGUGCAUGAAGUCAAACAACUUGAUCUUGUCUCUAUUAAUACCUGGACCAAAAUCUCCUGGACAAGACAUAGAUGUAUAUCUACGACCACUUGUUGAGGAGUUAAAACAACUAUGGGAACAAGGAGUACAUACUCGAGAUGCAGUGACUGGUGAUAAUUUUUUAAUGGGUGCAGCAGUCAUGUGGACCAUCAAUGAUUACCCUGCAUAUGCUAUGAUGUCUGGGAGGAGUACAAAAGGAUAUAAAGCGUGCCCAACUUGCAAUGAAGAAACUCCUUCCAAAAAAAUAAGGAGUAAGAUUGCUUAUAUUGGAUAUAGGCGUUUUCUUCCCAGGGAUGAUGAAAUGAGAAAUAGCAAAAAAUUUGAUGGACAAAUUGAACGAAGAGGGCCUCCAAGGAAGUUAACUACUGAAAAUAUUUUAGCAUAG